AUGCCUCCUCUCUCCAUCAACUCGCUGUCCUACACGCUUGUCAAGUACUCUCGGGCUCACCCAGCACACUCUCCGGCUCAGUCUAGCAAUGGUGUUUCUGAUAUCUCUCAGUCUUGGCAGCACUAUACUGGCCCUGCCAUCAAAUUACAUCUUGACACAAAGAAACAUCUCGACGGUCGCUUUGCCUCCGUCCACCUCAGAGUCGCAUGGUUUCUCGACAACAAUGCCCGACAGCCAGACAUGAUCUUUCUGCUGCGACGUCAGGAAGACGUGGAUCUCCUCGAGUUCUCUUCUUUACCACCUCAAAACUACUCUGAUGUUCAAAGUCUUCCUCUAAAAGCAAUCUAUCGCGACAAUGUCAUUGGGAUGCGAUACCUUCAUCCCACGCGCAUACAGCCUGGCACUAAAUCCGGUAGUCGUAUCGACGAUUCCAGGUUGUCUUUCAAACCCCCGCCGAAGCGUCAGAACUGGUUGGGGCCAUCCGUGACGUUUGUCCAUGCAAGGCCAGCCUCUUACCGCAGAAUCAAAAACAGAACCAAGAUAUGCCUCCUCCUAGGCAACUUCCCCGAUUUGACACUAGUUUAA